CCCCGAAACCGAAGGUAUAUAGCAAUGUUGAAUUCGCUAUUAUACGGGAUUUCGUUCUUCAACGUUGCAUCGAAUGGACAACAGGAAAGACCUCUGAACUGCUUGGACUGAAAAGAACAUUCCCAGCUCUCCAAACAGAACUCAAUUCGACAAAGAAGAGACUUUUCUCCAUUUCCGAUCUCCCCCUGCGACGAAGUUAAAAGGGGAACAAGACUUUCGCUCUGUCCAGCCGAGGACGCAGGGCGUUGGCCGCUCGGGCUUUGGCUCUCGGCCACCACCACUUCUCCUUUUUGGCCUCCCCACUUCUGCCGCGCAGCCGAAAGCUGGAUGUGAUCGCCGGGCCGGGCGAUCCAUCUGGCUUCCUCCAAAUUACAUUUUUGGACACUUCUAGACUUUUUCUCUUUUUGGAAAGCUCGCUUCGAUUCCUUCCCUUUUAGGGACACUUUUCGGGUUUUGAACUCGUUUGAUUAAUUGACACCCCAGCAUGCCUCUGAUUAGCGAUCAGGAGACGCACCUGCUUGUGAUCACUAAUCAGAGAGCUAUAUUAUGCCUGCCAGCUCUGCAAUGACAGCUGGAGGAUUGACAGACAAAGACAUUACUUUGUGUCCAGUCGGUACUUGGCAUCCAAUCCUGGCGAGCAGUUCUACAUGUUCACCAUCAUGGCGGCCUGGCUCAUCAACGCGUGUGGGAGGUCCUUCGCCAUACCCCAAGAAGAUGACGAGCCCAUCGCCAUUGUGUCCAACAUCUUGGCAGAGCUGCGUUCUUUUGAGCUGAAGGUGGACUUCCCGCCCUCUAAACUGAAGUCGGGUUCGGGCGAGCACGUCUGCUUUGUGUUGGACAGACUCGCUGAUGAGGCCCUCAGGAGGCGGGGCUUCUCUUUUAAAAGGCCAAUCUACCCGACUGAAAUCGGAGAAGAAGAGUCGAUGAUGGAGGAUGACACAGAGCUGACUUUUAACAAAGUGGAGGAGAUGAUGGAGGAGCCUGAUGAAGACGAGGUCAACCUGGUGGACUUGGAGGCACUGACCCUUCAGAGCAGUCGCACUGAAGCGGCCGCUGCGCUGGCUAAACCCGACAACAUCCUGCAGUCCACGGUGGACGCGGCCGAGUGGAAUCUGGAAGUGGAACGAGUCCUGCCCCUGCUUAAAGUCACCAUCAGAACCGACAACAAGGACUGGAGAAUCCAUGUGGACCAGAUGCACCAGCACCAGGAUGGGAUCCAGUCCUCACUCCAAGAGGCCAAGUGCUAUCUGGACAAAGUUCAGGUGGACAUCAGUAAGACACUGGAGAAGGUGUCCAGUCGAGAGAAGUAUAUCAACAAGCAGCUAGAAGACGUCAUCAGCGAGUACCGCGAUGCUCAGGCCAAACUAAGUGAGGUCCGAGAGCGCUACCAGCUUGCCAGCGGGGGUGUGGCCCAGAGGACCCGGGUCCUGGCUGAGAUGAGUGAGGAGCUGGAGAAAGUGAAACAGGAGAUGGAGGAGAGGGGAAGCAGCAUGUCCGAUGGAGCGGCAGUGGUGAAGAUCAAGCAGAGCUUGAGCAAACUGAAGCAGGAAAUCGUGAGGAUGGACGUGCGGGUGGGCGUGGUGGAGCACAUGCUGCUGCAAGCCAAACUCAAAGAGAAGUCCAACAUGAACAUGGACAUGCACACUGCCAAUAUGGCGGCUACGGCAGCAUUCAUCUGAGUCUACUUCAACUGCAAGUACUUUUUCAGAAACCUGCAGUCCAGUCAGUUUCAAGCCUCAAUGUUCACAUCAUAGUGUGGUUAGUUUUGAUACACCACACUUUUUUUAUGCAAAAAAACCCAACUUUUCUUACCUAUUGGUACCUGUGUGUGUGUGUUUGGGAUCUGCAUAAGUCCCGAAAAUUUGAAAUCAGACAGGGACAAGCAGUAGAGAAUAGAUGGAUGGACCAUGGAGGCAUGGCAUAUAUAUUUAUAAAACUAUCAUGCCUUCCUUCAUCCUUCCUCCAAAUGAGUUGUUUGGAAUGUACCCAAUUUGGGACAUUUUUCCUUUGGUGGUGUCCGGAUAUCUCCAUAUAUGGUAGCGAUUUACCCAAAGAGCUUUGCACGAGUCCACUAUUAUAGUCCGACGUUGUUGUCAAAAAGUUCUUUAUUUUUCUGUUGCCAUUCCUAAUAAAAAGUAGCACAUAGUUCUAACUUACAUAUGUCAGUAGACUCGAUGUGUAAGUGCUAAAAACUACAACAUGGCUGACAGGGAGAUGACGCAGCUGAAGUGGAGGCACGUAAAUAAGACCCUCCCCACAAAACGACGCAUACCAAGGAGACCUCAGAAAGUGGCUUGAAGAGGGUCUGUAAAACAUAAUCUUUGCAAAAUUUUGAACAAAGAACCAGCAUUACAUGUUAUGUCGACCACAAUAAAUGUAGAAAAACAAACCCUUUAAAUGAAUUCAAUCCAGUAUUGGAACGUUUUGGAUCAAGACAAACACCAGAGACGUGAGACAAAAAGACAAAGAAGACCUAAGCAUGUCCUUGUCUACUCAAGACCCACCAAGCUCUUGUGCAUUUCCUGUUGAGCUUUGUAGAUUUAGUUAGCAAUGUGAUGGACUUGAACAAAAAUGUGGAUAAAGGAGACUCAAUUGCAAACUGAUAUGGUUCUGUAAGCGGGUGGGUGUUUCCUGGUGUCACCUGCUUUAGGUCCAUGGGGAAGGGUGGCUUCUUCUGAAAUUGUGCUCGACUGCAUCCUUGGGAUUGGAUGAGACUGAGGACUGUUGUUGUCACUAGUUCACAUGCUGCGGUUGGAAAACAGAAGGCUUACUUGCAUACAUUGUAUACAUUUUGAUCCAUGGAUCAUCUUUCAGUUCGACGCUAAAGGAAUAUAUUACUCAAAUAUUUAGAUAGAAUACACUUGAAAAACAACAAAAUAUACAUUUUUACCCCAUAUUUUUGCAUGCUGAGUAUUCAGUCUGUCUUUGACGAAGGAUUUUCAUAGUCGAAUCGAAUUUGUUAUAUUUUGCCUAUCGUCGACUAUCUAGCUGGUGACUAAGUUUUUUUUAACAUUACAUGGAUGUGCUUUAGCAUAUACAGUAUAUAUAAAUUUGUUUAUAAAAGAAGUAUAAUUAUUCCUUAAAUGGGAGCUGCACUUUUUUGGGAAUUUUGCCUAUCAUCCACAAUCCUUAUAAAAAAACAAGAAUACAAAAUAUAUAUCUUUUUUGCAUUUUAACUGGUAAUAAUUGGCUAAUUCUAGGUGGCUCGCAAUGCAGCUAAUGGGAGCAAUCCAAUUUGCCUGUAAAUUGAAGGGAGGAGAACCUUUUUACUUACGCUGUUUUGUUUAAUCUCUAAUAAAGCUAUCCAAGUUUUUGUCAUUUUUCA